CGCGACGCCGGCCACCCCAGAAGGGCUCGCUUGUUGACAGCUUUUUCGUGUGAGUCAUGGGCCGCUGUGACCAGCUGCGCACGCUAUGCUGCACGGUGGAAGGCCUGAGGAAGCUGAAGAAGGCCUUCACCAUGAUUGUCGGCACCGCCUUCAUCACGGUCGCAGUCCUGUCCCUCGUCAAUAUUCUCGGCAACGUUUUCAACUUUGUCAACUUUGUCCGGAUGGUGUGGAACAUCAUAUUCGGCGUUCUCAUGCUGAUGCUCCAGUUCGGUAAAACCGAGUGGCUGAUCCAUCGGUUCGGCUUCAUGGGGCACUGGGUCGGCCGGGCGCUCUUCUUCUUGUUUUGCGGCACAAACAUCCUGGUCGUCGAUGACAGCUCCACUUGUUUUAUCUGCUUCAUCUCGUGGGUCAUUGGCGGCAUGUGCAUGUUCGUCGGCAUUCUCGAGAUUGUCUUUGGAUGCCGCUGCGAGGGAGAGAACCUCUCGCGCAACACGAGCAGCCAGCAGGGAGGGCAGUACGCAGGCCAGAACGCAGCGAUGCCUCCCGCCGACCAGCAGCAGCAGCAGCCGCCCGCGGCGAAGAAGAAGAGCGGCUUCUCGAGCGUCUUCAGCAGCGGCGGCAGCGGCGGCGGCAGCGGCGGCAGCGGCGGCAGCGGCGCAGCCAUCAACCCCGCGCUGGAGCGGGCACGCAGCGCGAACGCGGAGCGCACAGCCACAGGCGGCGGUGCGAGCUCGGAGCCGUCCUUCCAAGUCACGGUGGGCGCCCCGGCGGCGAGCGGCGGCUCCGACAACCCCUUCUUCGGGAACGCGCACCUCUCCACCUGAGGUCCGCUUCCCCUCCGUGCCUCGGGGCGGCUCGCUUCUUCCGCCUGUGCCACACCGCCAGCAGCCUCUUGCUCGCCUCGCCUGAGCUGCGACCAGCCGGGAGGGAGAGGGGCCGCGGCAGAGCCAGGUGUGGCGAGCGGGCGCCGCCUCGUAUCCCAGUAGUCUUUGUGUUCAUUGGGUGGUGGGUGGGGGCGCAGGAUACACGCCGCGUGAGAGGGCACGGUCACGAACAGCCGAAUCAGCCGCGCGGGACCCCCCGCCUAAGCCUCCACCUCACGUCUCAGCGUGAGCGCAAGUGAUGUCAUAGAAACAUGUGCUCACACAGUCAGCUGCGUUCAUACAACAUUUUUUGCGCUACCGC